UCACUAAUCACAUAGCAUUUGCUCCCGAGUCCAUACAUUCAAGCAACAAAACAAACUCUAGACAGAGAAACAGAAGAGAAAAGAGAGAUGUCGGACGAAGAGCAUCACUUUGAAUCUAAGGCUGAUGCAGGCGCAUCUAAGACUUUCCCUCAACAAGCCGGUACCAUCCGCAAGAAUGGUUAUAUAGUCAUAAAAGGCAGGCCUUGCAAGGUCGUUGAAGUCUCCACCUCGAAAACUGGCAAACAUGGACAUGCCAAGUGUCACUUUGUUGCAAUCGAUAUAUUCAACGGCAAAAAGCUUGAAGAUAUUGUUCCAUCCUCCCACAAUUGUGAUGUACCUCACGUUAAUCGUACUGAUUAUCAGCUUAUUGACAUAUCUGAAGAUGGUUUCGUUUCUCUUCUCACUGAAAAUGGAAAUACCAAAGAUGAUCUCAAGCUCCCUACAGAUGAAAAUUUGCUCAACCAAAUUAAAAGUGGGUUCGAGGAAGGAAAGGAUCUCGUCGUGUCAGUCAUGUCUGCAAUGGGAGAAGAGCAAAUUUGUGCCCUAAAAGACAUUGGGCCGAAGAAUUAGAUAUAUAUUGCUCCUAAGAACUAGUCGAAAGUAGCUAUUAUAAUGGUCUAAAAUUUAGUGCGUAAGUUUUUAUUUCACUUUCUGAAAGUGAAACUCAUAUAGAACCAUAAUGUUGGUGAUUCCCCAUAAAAAAUAGCUUGGUUUGCAAUAAACUCGGAUUACACGCAGACAUGAUAUUUCUUAUUUUUGUUUAUGUUGUA